AUUGCAGGUUCACCAACGUGUUGAAAAAUGAGACAAAGACGUGUGUGGGACGUGCGGGGGCAGCGCAGGUUUGGGAAUCGGCAGAAUGUGAAGACGAGGUGUACGGAGGGUGGAAACCAACUAAAUUAUUAGAAAAACCGAACAUUACCAUUAAAAUAUCGUGUGUACAACUUCAGUGUUCGAAAACCAUUGCAUAAUGAAUUAAAAGUGUAGACUUAAGACAACUUUCAUGGCACAUAAACGAAAUAUCUUGGUCUUUUGGGCUCGAGAGCAGGCUGAUAGUUGUCGCAAUAUAUCAGCCCCUGUCAGAAUAAUUUAUUUAUUUCGCAUGUAUGAGGACAUUUCUUGAGAAUAAAUGUUCUCAUGGGAAAUUAUAAGUGAAUGAAAGACAUCGAUUUCUUUUUGUUUUGAAUUAAUAAAUAGUUACAAACGAAUCUCAAAAUGUCAACAGACACAAGUGUUCCAAAGUGUGAAGAAACUAUUUUAAGUGCGCCAAAUGCAAUAGACGUAUUGACCGAAAAGGUUAAAUCAUUGUAUGUGUAUAGAGAUCAUUAUUUUGAAAAGCAUUCCCUUGAUAGUGCCAAACAUAAACAUACAGAUGUUGAAAAUGAAUUGAAAAACACAUUGAACAUUUUUGAUGAUUUGAAAGAAACAGGUUGUAAAACCAAUAGGGCCAUGUAUUAUUAUUUGAAGGGAAGAGCUCUGAAUGUGACUCCUAACUACAAUAUUCAAGCUGAAGAUGUUUUGUCCAAAGCUGUCAAACUUGAUCCAAAACUUGUUGAUGCAUGGAAUGAGCUUGGAGAAUGUUAUUGGAAAAAGGAUGAUAUUGAUGGUGCUAGAAAUUGUUUUGCUGGGGCUCUGAAACAUGCAAAAAAUAAAGUUUCUUUAAGAAACUUGUCUAUUGUUUUAAGACAAGUAAAAACAAAAUCUUUUAAAGAUCAUGUUAAUAACAUUGAGGAAGGUGUUAGUUGUGCAAAAGAAGCUGUACAAUUAGAUACAAACGAUGGAGUAUCAUGGGCUGUAUUGGGAAAUGCUUACCUUUCCUCAUUUUUUUCUGUAGCACAAAAUCCCAAAAUUCUUAAAUUAUGUAUGUCUGCUUAUUUACAGGCUGAAAAAGAUCCCGUAGCUCAGGGUAAUCCAGAUCUGCAUUAUAAUAAAGCAGUUGCCUUAAAAUAUGAAGAAGAAUAUGAACUAGCUCUAGAAUCAUUUAAGAAAGCAAUAUCUUUGGACCCAACAUGGGAGGUGCCUAAACAGAAGCAAGCUGAGUUACUCAAGUAUUUGGAUCAUGUUCAAGAUUUAAUUAAAAACAAAGGGAAAGUUAAAGCAAAGAAACUACAUCAAAUGAUACAAUCAUUGGAUACCAAACAGUUGGGCCCCUAUGGGGGAGGAAGUUACACAUCUCCAAAGGGACUAUCUGUCAAACUGGAACCGAUUCCUUUGGAUAACCUUCAGCGUGGACUGAAUGUUGAGAAAGUGGUGCUUGGAAAAGUAGUGUGUAGUUUCCAAGAUGAAAAUAAUGUACCUUUUACAUUUUGUAUGGUUGAUAAACAAGAAAAGUGCAUAGCAGUAACAGUGUACAAUUUGGCUCAGGGUAAAGGUGUCAUUAUUGGUGAUUCAGUAGCUAUCCCUGAACCAUAUGUUUCACAUGAGUAUGCUUUUAAUUCCAUACGUGUUGACAGUCCUGUUGUGAUGGUUGUCAAUGGCAAAAAAAUUGGGAUUGAUCAGCAAGUUGGUGUUCAGUUAUAUACUUUUAAGAAGGUUGAUUGAAUGUCUCCCAGUGCUCUGACAUGUGAUAAAAACAUUCCACAGACUCAUGCUUGAUUAAUAUGAGUAGAGCUUUUAUAAUACAUUAUAAAGACUUACUGCCAAAUGGAAUGCCAUUAAUUUAUCAAGUACUGAACAUUAACAUAAAGAUGGGUUAUUACAAAUCAUGUGAGGAUCAUCCCCCUUCUGUAUUCAUAUCAUUCAUCAAGUAACAGGAAAAAGAAUGUUUAAACUAGUGGAGAGCUUACUAACUAAUGAAAAAGUUUUAGCAAUGAAAAAUAAUGCAAUAAUUCUGUUAGAAAUUGCUAGAAUUAUUGUAAUGGUGUCUUUUAUGAAUUCUAAAUGAAUGAGAAAUCUCAUACAGCAUUAAAAGACAUACAUCUGUGAAGAGACUUUUAAGCAAUUUAAUGUUGAGAACCUCUAUGUGCUUUCAUUUCUUAGGUGUUUCCAUCUUAAUUAAUGUCAUCUAAAGCUCUGACAGCAGUUAAUUAAUUUACAAAUAUUAAUUUUAAAAUGCUGACAUAUCCUGUUUUCUGAAAAAAGGUUUGUAUUAAAAUAGAAAUGUACAUUUUUGUUAAUUUUCUUUUGGUGGAAAUGAAACAGAACUAUCACACCAAUAAAGAGAAGCCAGGAACCCUUUAUGACUGAUAGAAAGUAAAAAUCUGAGUGUGAGAGAAUAAAGAUGAUGCUCUAAAUUUUAUAAUUUUUCAAAGCGUUAAGAACGAUUUUUGUUUGUACAAAUUAUAGCGGGAACCAUUAUAAAUUCUAACAAUCAAAAUACAAUAUUUUGUUUAUUUAACAGGAAAUGAUGUGUGGGACAUCUAAUAUUCACAUCAAGUUGAGGAAAGAAAAAUAAUUAAAAUUUUACUUCGGUUAUUGUUUUAAAUAUAAUAUUAUAUAUUAGAUAAUUAUAUUUGGCUUCUACCGUCCUAAAAUUUUGUAAAUUCUGAACUAAGUAGUAUGGGAUUACUCAGUCAUUCUUGUAUUACGAAUAAAUCGAUGAAAUAGACUGGGAAAGUAAAUUAGCAUUACAAACCUCAUAUUGUUUCCUAUGUCUUUAUGUAAGUUUUCUUACAAACCAAUAAAAUUUGUAAAUAAUAUAAUUUAUACAUUUUUUUAAAUAAUGAAGAAAAUUAAUAAUAUUUUUAAAAAUUAAAAAUGUCUUGGUUGAAAAUAUUUCCUUUUUUUCAAGUUUUUACUCAAACAUUUCUGUUAAUUAAAUAUUACAUAUGUAUUAAUUCAUAGCUAAUUUGUUCAUUAAUUAUAUUCUAAACAGUAUUAUUCAACAAAGACAUAUUAUUUGUUACACUUUGUAUUAAUUUAAAAUUAAUAAAAUAAAUACAUUUUUCAUUAUUAAAACUUUCAGUGAAAUUUUCAAAAUCCCAACCAACCUUGUUUCAAACAAAACUACAAAGUAAAUUGUGAUUUCAGUUGUAAUUUAGUAUUAUUUACUCAAACUUUGUAUUAAAAAGUGCAUGGUUUUAUUUUACUUGGUAUCAGUCAAAUAAAUUUCACAUUACUUUAUAAUUGGAUCUUACAUGUUUUGGAACUUCUUUGAACAAACAUGUCUUGUAAUAACCAAAAUUUUUUGGAACUGGAUUUAAUAUCCAAAAGAACAAUAUAUUUUAAAUCCUCGUUAAGCAAUCGCCCAUCAUUCUGAUCAACUAAAGGUCUCAUCCUCUCAAACGUGAACAAAAUGACUGGAAUUUGUUGGCAGGGCUUGAAAGAUGAUUAAUGGCAACAACCCUGAAUAUGUGGACAGACGAAUCUGAAUGUAGUAACAUUUUUAAUGAAACUAUAAUAAAGACAUAUUCUUCAAAAUCUGCUAAUGAAUAUUCAUAACAGUUUUUCAUUACUACUUACAUAUUUCAGUUAUUGCUAAGGAAUUCAUCCCCAAAUAUUUCAGAUUAUUAAGAUAUCUAAUUUUAAAACACUUUCAAUCCAAGCUCACCUUCUUUUAUUGAUUGAUUAGUGAUACCAGGUGCCUCAGGCACUAAGAUCAGUAGGCCCGUAAGUGUAGUGCUUCUUUUAGCAGGGGAAGCGGCUGUGAUUUUCUACAGCUGGAAGAUGAGCCCCGGGGCCGAGUGUGUUAGAGGAGAUUUUCCCCACCAAAGUAUCUCCCACCAAGGGGACCGCCACAGCCUGGACAAGCGUGAAGUUCCAGACAAGUGUGGUAUUUAAGCGCUUGCGACUGUGUAAGUAAAGAACGUGGAAAGGACAAGGAAGAGUAAGAAAAGAUCGCGCGCGGUCCGUGGCCCGUUUUGUUAGGGGACUACUCCGGCAUUUGGCUGGUGGUGAUCGGAGA